UAUUAAGAAAGAACAGCAUCAUAGUCAACAUUCAAAGUUCAUAACUUCAACCUCUGAAACCAAUUCUUCCUUGUCUUCUCUUCUCUUUCAUUGAGAAGAAAAUGAACAACCCCAACACCGACAGCUUCUCUCUGUUGGGUGUUCUUCAUUCCCCCCACUUCUCUGAACUUCUCAGGGAUUUCGCCACGCGAGAACUCAACGCGUUUUUAUGGCUAUCUCUUGUUGUUGUCACCACCCUUUUGCUCAGAAGACUCUUUAGCCUAUUUGGGAUAUGGCGCAGGGCUAGAACCAUUCCUGGGCCUCCCUCUUCCUCGUUUUUUGGAGGCUGCAAGCUCUUUUCCCGUCCAAAUUUCACCUUCACUGACGUGUUGUCAGAAUGCCAUAAAAAGUAUGGACCUAUUGUUAAACUGUGGUUAGGUCCUACUCAGCUUUUGGUGUCAGUAAGGGAUCCAAUCUUAAUCCAAGACAUGCUUAUAAAAGCCGAGGAUAAGUUGCCUUACACGGGAAAACUGUUUCAUCUGGCCUUUGGACAAUCAAGCCUCUUUGCCCCUUCAUUUGAAAAGGUGCAAAAGAGAAGGGAAUUAUUGGCAACAGAGUUAAACGAAAGAUUGCUGAAGAAUGGUGAUAUGAUUCCUGUGAAAGUUGCAGACUUUAUCACAGAUAAAAUAGAAAACAUAAAAAAGAAAGGAGGUAUUGAUUCCAGUUUGGUUUCUCAACAUAUCGCUUUCACUAUAAUGGGUGUCACAUUCUUUGGAGAUGGCUUCUUGGCCUCGCCGAAGGCUGCAAUGUAUGAGGAACUGUUCAUGACCAUAGCUAAAGAUGCUUGCUUUUGGGCCUCCUAUAAUGUUACUCCUUUCUGGAGACGUGGAUUUUGGAACUACCAAUGCUUAUGUACAAAGUUGAAAUGCUUAACUCAAGACAUCCUUCAACAUUGCAGAAAAGGAUGUAAACUAUCUAGCCAUACUAAGCAUGAUGUACAUAAUGAAAGUUCCAAUAAAGAAAUGAAGUCAGCAGAUGGUGCACAAUGCUGUUCUGAUGAUGAGUUCCAAGAUUACUAUUUCUUUCGAGAUCUUAAGGAUCAUCAAGAUGGUAAAGAAGAAUCUUGUGGGAAUGUAAUGCGCAUGAUAUUUCACGGAUGUCAAACUACCUCUGUUCUAAUCACGGAUGUAUUGACUAGGCUUGUCAUGCAUGGGGAAAUACAGGAUAAGGUUUAUUCAGAGAUUAGAAUGGUAGGAAGAAACCCAUCGAAAUAUGAGCAUGAAGAUGUUUAUAGGAUGCCGUUGUUAUUGGCUACAAUUUAUGAAUCUGCACGUCUUCUUCCCACUGGUUCAAUGCUGCAGAGAUGUUCUUUGAAACAUGACUUGAGCUUUGCAUCUGGUGUAACCAUUCCUGCUGGAGCUGUAUUGGUUGUACCAGUUGAAUUGGUACAGAAGGAUGAAUUCAAUUGGGGGAGUGAUGCAAGUCAUUUCAAUCCUUACAGAUUUCUCUCAACUGUUACAAAUAGAUCAGGUGGUAAGAGAGAAAAAAUUGUUGCUCAUCUAUUGCUAAUCUUUGAUAUUAAACUCUCAGGUUCUGCUGAAGACCUUUCUAGUAGAGGAUUCAGUUCAUUUGUACUAAAUGAUCCAAACGAAAAUGCAGCAUUCUUGCCUUUUGGAUCAGGUGCACGGGCUUGCAUCGGACAGAAAUUUAUCAUCCAACUUGUUGCCUCAGUGUUGGCAUCAUUGCUAAAUAAAUAUGAGAUACGGCUUAGCACAGACUCAAAUGAUGACUCAAACACAACCUUGAAGAAUAAUCUUCUGCAGCGUCAUCCCAGUUCACGGAUAUUAUUCGUGAGAAGGGACCAGUGAAAGAAAAGAAGCACAAACACACUGUGUAGAUAAUAAACUUGGUGUUGUGAUUAAAGUUAACAACACCAAAAAUAUCUGGACCUUUCCUUUUUAGUAUCACUACACUCCUUUUUCCAAGAUGAAUGGGGAAGUUCUCUGGCUCAUUGUGGUGUUUGGGAGGAUGAAUCUAACCUGAGUUUCUUAGCUCAAGUUUUUUUCCUCCCUGUUUUUAAACAUUGCCCUGGUGUUGGCUUCAGGCCCUGACACUUAUUUUUUUGGUGUUUUAAGCACUUUGGGUCAAUUGUUUCUUUGGAGCCUUUCUCUUCUCUGGAUGUGGAUCUUUUGCUUUUCUUAUGUCAUCAACUUUUUCACUUCUGAAGGAAGUUUGUUCUUGUAUCUGAUAUUUUCCAAAUAAAAUGUACUUACUUGGAUAGUUUGAAGUA